AGGAAAGGAUGCCAGGUCAUAUCAAGAAAAGUUCUGGUCCUGACCCAGAUCCAUCCCCCUGGUUGUGUGUUUCCCCUGAGCUUAAGGAGAAGAACAAACUUAAGCCCUAUGACCCAAAGAAGUCUGUCUGGGUCGUGAACAAGGCUGAUGGUGGGUAUCUGGAGGGACUUCUAGAGUCCAAGGAUGGAGCAAAGGUUACUGUGAAUGUGAACGGAGAGAUGAAGGUUUACAAAGAAGAUCAAGUAUGCCAGGUCAACCCUCCCAAGUUUGAUUGCUCUGAUGAUAUGGCAAACCUCACCUUUCUUGGGGAUGCUUGUGUUCUAUGGAAUUCAACAAUUCGUUAUGUCAAUCAGUUGAUUUACACCUACUCAGGACUCUUCUGUAUUGCCAUCAAUCCAUACAAGAGGUUUCCCAUCUAUACUCUCCGUACAAUGGAAAUCUAUGUAGGGAGAAGGAGGAAUGAGUGCCCUCCUCAUAUUUUUGCCAUUGCAGAAGGAGCUUAUCAAGGAAUGAUGAAUUCUGGCAUGAAUCAGUCAAUCCUUAUUACCGGAGAGUCUGGGGCAGGUAAAACUGAAAAUACUAAAAAGGUUAUUUCAUACUUUGCCACCAUCUGCUCAUCUGGGAAGAGGAAGGAAGGAGAAGUUUCUCUUGAAGACAAGAUUGUCCAAACUAACCCUGUUCUUGAAGCCUGGGGAAAUGCCAAGACAGUGAGGAAUGAUAACUCCUCCAGGUUUGGUAAAUUUAUCCGUAUUCAUUUCAAUGCUUCUGGAAAACUGUCUGGGGCAGAUAUGGUUGUCUACUUGCUGGAAAAAUCUCGACUGACCUAUCAGCAACCACUUGAAAGAUGUUAUCAUGCCUUUUAUAACAUUAUGUCUGAUGCCGUACCCGACUUAAAGGAGAAAUGUCUCCUCACUGAUAAUAUCUUAGACUAUUGGUAUGUUUCACAGGGAAAGAUUACUGUUCCAUCCAUUGAUGAUAAGGAGGACAUGCAGUUUGCUGAUGAAGCCUUUGAUAUUCUUGGGUUUACCAAGGAGGAAAAAUACGAUGUUUACAAAAAUACUGCUUGCAUGAUGCACAUGGGAAACAUGACAAAAGACUUUGUUCCGGUAGGAAAGGAAGAGCAGGCUGAAAUAAAAGAUGAUACUAACUCAAUCAAAGUUGCUACUUUAGCUGGUAUUGAUCCUGAGUGGAUGAUUAACUAUUUCUGUAAACCUAAGCUGAAGGUUGGAACAGAGUGGGUAUCUAAAGGUUCUUCUUGCAGUAAUGCAGCUAACUCUGUUGCAGGUAUUGCACGUGCCAUUUAUGAGCGUACAUUUAGGCUAGUAGUAGAUAAAUGUAAUGAAACUCUUAUUGAUCCAACAAUGAAGAAAGUUCAGUAUAUCGGUGUCCUGGAUAUUGCUGGCUUUGAAAUAUUUGACUACAAUGGGUUUGAGCAGAUUUGCAUCAACUAUGUAAAUGAGAAGCUUCAACAGUUUUUUAACUCUCACAUGUUUACACUGGAACAGGAAGAAUAUGUUAGAGAAGGACUAGAUUGGGCAAAUGUAGACUUUGGUAUGGAUCUUCAGAAAUGUAUUGACAUGUUUGAGAAACCUAUGGGCCUCUUAGCUGUAUUUGAGGAAGAAUCUCUGUUCCCUAAAGCAACAGAUCAAACUUUUUGUGAAAAGUUGCAUUCUAAUCUUCUUGGAAAGUGGCCAAAUUUUGCAAAACCCAACCCAAGACCAGACCCAGAUGCACAUUUUGCAGUCAUUCACUAUGCUGCAACAGUCUCCUACAACUUGACUAACUGGCUGGAAAAAAAUAAGGAUCCCUUAAAUGAUACAAUUGUUGAAAUGAUUAAAAAUGGAUCCAAUUCCCUCAUGAUUCAGUGUUUUGCUGAUCAUCCUGGACAACCUUUGGAGACUCCAAAAGACGAUGGAGGAAGGAAAAAGAAGGGUGGUGGUAAGACUGUUUCUUCAUAUUUUAAGGGUCAACUUGAUGAUCUGAUGACAACCCUUUAUAAGACUGAGCCUCACUUUAUCCGCUGUGUUGUACCAAACACACACAAACAACCAGGAGGAGUAGAGCCCGGUCUUAUAAUGCAUCAAUACCAAUGUAAUGGUGUACUUGCAGGAAUUGCAAUCUGCAGAAAGGGAUUCCCGAAUAAGAUGAUUUAUGCUGAAUUCAAAGCAAGGUACAAUAUUCUUGCUGCUAAACUUGUAGCUAAGGCAAAGAAUGACAAAGCUGCUGCCGGAGCAGUUCUAGAAUCAAUCAAUCUGGAUAAAGAGAAGUACAGGCUGGGGCAUACUAAAGUGUUCUUCAGAGCUGGAAUUUUAGGGUUCAUGGAGGAAGUAAGAGAGGAUAAAAUAGGAUCUGUCUUAGCCUGGCUUCAAUCAGGUGCUAGAGGUAAAGCUUCAAGAAUGGCCUUUAAAAAACUUCAAGAUCAGAAAUUAGCUCUGUACUGCUGCCAGAGAACUAUAAGAAAUUUCAGGAUUGGAAAAACUUGGCUCUGGUGGCAAAUUUGGUCUGCAAUUAAACCACACUUGAAGUGUACUCAGUUUGGUAAGUACAAAGAAGAAUUUGAGCAAAAAAUAGCAUUAGCAGAGGCAAACAUUGAUAAAGCAAUUGCUGAUCGUCAAAAAGUUCAAGCUAUUCAUGACAAUCUUCUAUCUCAAAAGAAUGAAGUUUCAUUAGCGCUGACCUCAGGAGGAUCUGCUGUCCAAGAUAUCAUUGAUAAAGCAGUGAGAGUUGAAAACAUUGCUAAUGAUAUCCAAAAACAAGUUGCUGAAGUAAAAAAAAGAAUCAAGGCCGAGGAAGAGCAAAAGUCAAGCAUUGAAGAUCAAAUGCGUAAAGUGGAGUCACAAAUUAAUCAACUUCAAAGUGAGGUUUCAACUCUGGAAAGACAGCUUGAAAACUCUGAGCAAGAAAGGUCUGAUAAGGACGAUCAAAUAAGAACCCUGAAGGAUGAAAUUGCUCAUCAAGCUGAUAUGCUUGCAAAACUUGGAAAAGAAAAAAAGUCUGGAAUUGAUUUCAGACAAAAAGUUGAGGAGGACAUCCAAACUAUGGAUGACAAGUGCAACCAUCUUUCCAGAGUCAAAGGAAAGUUAGAACAGGCUCUUGAUGAGGCAGAAGAUGCUCUUGAAAGGGAGAAGAAAUCCAAGAAUGAUGUUGAAAAACUUAAAAGGAAAUGUGAAGGAGACUUUAAACUCACACAGGAAGCUGUUGUUGAUCUUGAAAGAGUCAAGGCAGAGCUUGCUCAAACUUUAGCAAGAAAAGAAAAGGAAUAUUCAGCACUUUCAGCCAAGAUUGAGGAUGAGGGAUCUCUUGGAAGCAAGUAUCAAAAACAAAUCAAAGAGCUGCAAGGUAGACUUGAAGAGUUGGAUGAAGAACUCAACAUAGAAAGAAGCAACCGUGCAAAAGCAGAAAAGAGUCGCUCAAUCUUGAAAAAAGACAUUGAGGACAUUGCUGCAAGACUUGAGGAAGCAGGGGCUAAUACCGGAACACAAGUAGAGCUGAACAAGAAGAGAGAAGGUGAGCUAAGUCGUUUGAAAUGUGAAUUAGAGGAGCUUAAUAUUGCUCAUGAGGGAACUUUAGCAGCUCUGAGGAUGAAGCACAAUAAUACCAUGUCUGAUUUGGGAGAAAAUAUUGAUUCUCUCAAUUCUUCUAAGGUUAAGGCUGAAAAAGAUAAGUCAGGCCUUGAAAGAGAUCUGGCUGAUUCUCGUGCAAGCUUGGAAGAUGCUGUUAAAUCCAGAGCUGAACUUGAAAGAACUGGAAAGCUUCUUCAAGGAUCAAUUGCUGAAUCUCAUACAAAGCUUGAUGAACUCGCCAGAGCAAUGAAUGAAGCUGAUUCUACUAAAAAGAGGCUAACUGUUGAGAACCAAGAUCUUAGUAGACAAAUAGAAGAACUUGAAAAUGCUCUUGCAAAUAUGAACAAAAGUAAAGUCUCCCUCGCAACUCAACUUGAGGACACUAAGAGACUCUCAGAGUCAGAAUCAAAGGAUAGAUCAUCUCUUCUUACUAAGUAUAAGCAUAUGACCACAGAGUUUGAGACCUACAGAGAAAAAAUUGAAAAUGAACACCUUAAAAAAUCUGAUGCUUUGAAGUCUUUAUCCAAGGCUCAAGCAGAGAUUCAGCUUUGGAGGUCUCGUUAUGAAACAGAAGGGAUGGGAAGAGUGGAGGAACUGGAAGGCAAUAACUCUAAACUGAGAUCAAGAAUUACUGAAGCUGAAGAGACCAUUGAUUCUCUACAAACCAAGCUUGCUAAUAUAGAGAAAAGUAAACAGAGAAUAGGGGAAGAUUUAGAUGAGAUUUCCAUGGAGUAUGAAAGGGUGCAUGCUGCCGCCCUUAUAACUGAGAAGAGAGGAAAGAAUUUUGACAAAGUACUUGGAGAGUGGCAAGCAAAAGCUUCUGAUAUAGCAUGUGAAGUAGAGGCAUCCAACAAUGAAUGUCGCAACUAUUCCUCUGAACUCUACAGGGUCAAGGCCUCACAUGAUGAAGCUACUGAACAGCUGGACAUAGUUAAGCGUGAAAACAAGAACUUAGCUGAUGAAAUCAAGGAUCUUCUUGAUCAACUUGGAGAUGGAGGUAGAUCAAUUCAUGACCUGGACAAACAAAGAAGGCGUCUUGAGGUUGAAAAAGAAGAGCUUCAGAGUGCUCUUGAAGAAGCAGAGGGUGCAUUGGAGCAAGAAGAAAACAAGGUUUUGAGAGCCCAGCUUGAAUUGGGCCAAGUCAGGCAAGAGAUUGAUCGCAGACUCGCUGAAAAAGAUGAGGAAUUCCUAAACACAAGGAAAAAUCAUGAUCGUGCUAUGGACUCACUUAAUGCCAGUCUGGAAGCAGAGCAAAAGGCCAAAGGGGAAGCGCUCAGAAUUAAGAAGAAGCUUGAAGGAGACAUCAAUGAGUUGGAGAUAGCUCUAGACCAUGCCAAUAAGGCAAAUUCUGAGGGAAUGAAGACAAUCAAGAGAUAUCAAAGUCAAUUAAGGGAAUCCCUUCAAGGAUUGGAAAAUGAGUCUAGGAUUAGGCAACAAAUAGCUGAACAGGUUGGUAUUGCUGAAAGGAAAGCUGCAGCUCUUUCUGCAGAAAUGGAGGAAAGUAGAGCUCUGCUUGAUUCUGCUGAAAGGGGAAAGAGACAACUUGAAGCCGAGCUUGCUGAUACUCGCAACUCUGUCAAUGAAAUGCAGAGUAUCAAUAGUAAGGAAAUUGCUGUAAAGAGAGCUCUAGAAGGCAAUCUUCACACCAUUCAAGCAGAAAUUGAUUCUCUUUUGCAGGCUGCAAAGAGCUCUGAGGAGAAGGGCAAAAGAGCUAUGGUUGAUGCUGCAAGGCUAGCUGAUGAACUAAGAGCAGAACAGGAUCAUUCUGCUGCUGAGUCUAGGAUCAAAAGAUCCCUUGAGACCCAGCUUGGGGAGCUUGAGACCAAGCUCACAGAGGCUGAAGAAAAUGCAAUAAGAUGUGGAAAGUCAGCGCUUAGCAGACUUGAAACUAAGGUUCGAGAGCUGGAACAGGAACUUGGAUGCACCCAAGUCCGUACUUCAGAGAACAUGAAAGGUUUCCAGAAGACAGAGAGGAAAAUCAAGGAGCUUCUUUUCCAGCAAGAGGAGGACAAGAAGAACCAAGACAAGAUGUCUGAAAUAGCCAACAAGCUUCAGCAAAAGAUUAAGGUCUAUAAGCAGCAGAUAGAAGAAGCAGAGGAGAUUGCAGCUCUCAAUCUGGCCAAAUUCAGAAAGGCACAGCAAGACUUUGAGGAAAAUGAGGAGAGAGUUAAGCUGGCUGAUGAAGCCAUGUACUCUUUACGCAUGAACCGUGGAAGCUCUCUUCUGUAAUGAGUUGCGAGAGUUGUGAUGCUUGAACCCUGAAUUAUUUAUUAAUGACAACAAGUUUUAUAAGCCAUGUACCCAUGAACAUUAAAAAAUCAAAAAAAAAUUAAUAAAAAAUUAAACUAACAAAA